AUGCCUCCUGCACCUGCACCCCCUUUCAGCUCCGUCUCGCAAUGCCUUUCUGCUCUCCUCCCCCCGACGGCAUUUUCGCUUCUUCCGCUCACACACACACACACACACACACACACACAUCGCACUUGCACCCACAUCAUCUUUAGCGAACCACAUAUCGUGUUUUACUGUGUGUGUCCGUUCACCCGCUGCCACCGUCGCCGCCCCCUCCCCUCCCCCCUCUCCCUCUCCCUCCCUCAACACACCACCCUCUCCACAGCAAUCAACAAGCACGAGGCAGAGGUCGUCCUUGAUUGGAGCAUGAGCCGGUUAGCCCGCGCGCUAGCAAAGCCCUUCACGGUGCCGGUGGCCAUGUGCACAAGGCAUGUAGCGGCCAUGGACGAGCCGCUGAAGCGGCACAUCGACGCUUAUGCGGCGCGAGGAGAGGACAUCACGAUCGCCGUCUGGCGCGAGUAUGUGGACGGGCAGCGGGCGCUGCUGCCGUACCGGUGGACAAAGUUUCGGAGCGAGGUGGCGUAUCUGACCUCGGGCCAGAUGGCCAUCACGGACUUGACCUUCGCCGACCUUCUCGUCUUCAUACGCUUUCUCACGAAGUGUCUCUUCAUCUUUAUCGUCGCCGUGAUGGUCGGCCGCCGCUCCGUCUUCCCGUCGCUGGAGCCGACGUCGCCGUUUGUGGAGGAGAUCGUGAAGAACUGGCAACCGAACCGGCUGCACGGGGUGGCGGGCGCGGAGUACAUGGCGUGCGAUCAGGCAGCAGCUGCUGGGUAUGGCCACCGAUAA